AUCCUCGUCUCCUUAAUUGCAACGCUAUCAACGACGCCGGACGCUUUUUGAUAAUGGCUUCCAUUCUCGUUCCUUUUGCAUAUAUCAUCGUUGUGUUCGGAGCCUUGUUCAUCUUCAGUCACUAUUACCGCAAACACACGUCAGCGCAGACAUUUGAACCAUACUUUUCUUCGCAUCCAGAACGAAAUACCUAUGUAACUCUUCUCCAAAAAACUGACCCGCCAACUCCGGACGCGCUGCUCAAAGCUGCUCUUGUCCGUCGAGCAGUCGCGGAUGUGUAUCGAGUCAUUCGCGUUAGGGAGGAUAAACCUGCACUUCAGAACCUGCUUCAAAAAGGAUCCGUAGGUGAUGAUCUUUGGAACAGCCUGCUUGCUGCGGAGAGAGAACUCGAAGGCGAAGUUAUGGAGGUCGUCACCGAGGCAAACUCUUUCUUGGAAGGCUGGGGCCAAAUGAUCUUUGGGACAGCAAAUGAAAUUAUUGCCAACGAUAAAAUUCGGGCAACCUUUGAGCAGAUUUCAAACAACAAGGUGGAUUUGGAACUGAAAUACGGCGUGAAGGCACAUGCUCUGCCUACGCUUCCUCCACCGGCAUCGACAGCCCCUUCAUCUAACUCCCCCAAAGCAUCCGCGGCGUCUAUAAGCGCGACAAGCCCAAAGUCAACGAAUAGUCUCCAACCACCACUCCCCAGCAACAGUGCCGAAAGCGUUGCCUCCAGUGACGGUGAGGGGUCCCAAAAAUUCGUGUCAAAGAAUGCUAGGAAAAAUAAGAAACGCAAGUGACCUCAAUAAGGAUACCACAAUUAUUUAUUUCCCCACUCAUAUAGGCCUGGCGCAAUAAUAAUUCCAUUUUACAUAGCAAAAGCUGAGAAAUUUACUGUAAUUGACGAGUGAGCGAGAAAUGUACAAUGAUGAACGGGAAGAAAUAGCGUGAAUGAGAUGUGUAACAAAGGUUCCCUGACGAACGAAAACGCAAGAAUAACACAGAUCCAUAUUUAUCCUCUGAUUACGAUUGCUUUCUCUCCAGCACCUGAUCUUGUUUUCCCGGAUUUGUCUACAUGGUCAAGGCCGAGCACGUCUUCCGGCGCAAACUGAUGUUCGUAGAUGGUAUCAUCUGCGAUGAAGACGCCAUCAAUACUAAGCAUUGUUGUGGGGAACAGAAGAUGCGUACCAUCUUCGAUGUAUGAUGGUUGCUUGAACGUAGACACUUGGAUCAAGGCAAAUCGAUAUUUGGUCAAAUCUCUAUCAGAUACA